CAGAAACUUCCUGUCUUCACACGGUGCGAGAGCGUUUGGGCACCGUUUGGAGAACAUUUAUCAAACGUACUGACGUACAGACGUUUAUGCAAUUGUGAAAGGAUUAGUCCUGCCAAUAUAUUGCACCGAACGCUAUCAGAUCAAAAUGUCAUCCCCAGAAGUUGAGCGUUUCGAGGUAACUGAUCGGGAUUUGGAAGACAUUUUUACCCCUCGAGUUUUCCGCCAAUCCAAGAACCAAGCGAUAUAUGGUAUUUGGGCAGAGAAAGAGGACGAAGAAGAAGAAGAGAGACCAAGCUUUGGGGGAGGUAAAAGAAAAAAAGAUUAUACUGCACCUGUUAAUUUCAUCAGUGGCGGAUUCAAGAGAGAAUUGAAAAAAGAAGACCAGACUGGGAGCGAUUCCAAUGAUUCAGGCGCUUCUGUACCCAUCAAGAAAGAAAAAUGGACUGCCAGCAGAAGACCGUUUGCAUCAAAGGGUGGACCGGUUAAACAAACUACACCUCACUUUCUUAAAGGUCACCAUGAAACGAGAGAAUUUGGGGACUGGGAAAAACACACGCGAGGCAUUGGGCAGAGGAUUUUACAGAAGAUGGGUUACAAGCCAGGCGAGGGCUUGGGGACUGAGGGGCAGGGCAUCACCACGCCUGUGACAGCUGUCAAGAGAAAGGGUAAAGGAGCUAUUGGUUUCCAUGGAUCAGAGAGAUCAGCAAGAUCUAUGGUUGAUUUCCCUGUGGUUGAUUCGGAGGAAGAGGAUGAGAAGAAGUUUCAGGAAGAACUUCACCAAUGGAAGCGUACAGAAACUAAAGCAAAGAAACCAAAAUAUGUGUACAAAACUGCACAAGAAGCUAUUGAUGGGGGUCAAGGUCGCAAGAAGAAGUCUUACGAUAUGAAAGCAAGCAAGGUGAAGGUUAUUGACAUGACGGGACGUGAGCAGCGCGUCUUGACCGGUUAUCAUGCCAUCUCCCACAGACAUGACAAACCAGAUGAGGAAGAAGUGGUUUACACUGACGAGAAACAGAUACGAAUGUUUGACAUGCCAGAAUUGCUGCACAACCUUAAUUUAUUGGUUGACAUGGCAGAAGAAGAUAUUAUCUUGAAUGACAGAAAACUUAAACAUUCCAAGGACUCAGUUGUCAACAUAGAGCAUGAAAAGAAGCGCUUAGAUGCUGUUUGUGAUGAUGAAGAAAAGCACCUUGAGAAACUGUCAAAAUUGUUGGAAGUUAUUGAGGACUGUGAAAAAAGAACGCAGCCAAACUGUGAGGUGCCCAUCACUUUGGAUGAAUGCGUUGAUGUGUUCAAGAUGAUGCAAAAGGACUACUAUGAAGAAUACAAAUUGUAUGACAUGGAUGCCCUGGCAAUAGCAUUGGUGUUUCCACUAAUGAAGGCUUUCUUUGCACCUUGGGAACCACUAAGUGAACCAGGCUAUGGCUUCAACACAGUCCGGGAGUGGAGAGUGUUGCUGGAGGAGCCUGGCGGUCAGCACCAUGACAUCAAUGAUAUGGACACCUACCAACGUCUUCUCUGGGACACCUGGCUGCCCCCAGUCCGCAGUGGCAUCCUCCGAUGGAACGUCCGAAGCUACGACCCACUGGUCUGUGUACUGGAGACUUGGCAACCUGCCUUGCCCCGUUGGAUCAUGGAGAACAUCCUGGAUCAGCUUGUGUUGCCAAGGCUACUACAGGAGGUGGAAGCAUGGAACCCACUCACAGACACAAUUCCUGUGCACGCCUGGAUCCAUCCAUGGCUGCCUCUGAUGGCAGACAAACUGGAACCCCUCUACGCUCCCAUCAGACAUAAGCUUGCUAAUGCUCUGGUCAACUGGCAUCCAUCUGAUGCCUCAGCUAAGAUUAUUCUUCAGCCAUGGCUUGGUGUGUUCAAGCAGGGACAUAUGGAUGCAUUUUUGGUCAAAAACAUUUUACCGAAGUUGGGUCAGGCUAUUCAGGAGAUGCACAUCAAUCCCCAUCAACAGGUUCUGAAUCCAUGGAGAUGGUUCAUGGCCUGGUACAGCAUCCUUCCAACACAGCAUCUCAUAUCAGUAUUGGACAAAGCCUUCUUUCCACGAUGGCUACAGGUUUUAUGUGGCUGGUUGAGCAAUAUGCCAAAUUUUGAUGAAAUCACCAAAUGGUAUCUUGGAUGGAAGGCCCAGUUUCCUGAGGAGAUGAAAUCCCAUGCAGUGAUUAAAGAACAAUUCAACAAAGCCCUUGAGAUAAUGAAUCAGUCAGUCUCGGGCCACUUCCAGCCUGGAGUGCGUGAAAACAUGGCCUACUUCACCCACACUGAGCGUCGUCAGAUGGAUGUGCAACCGCCAGUGCAGCCUCAACCAUCACAGACUCAAGCUCAGGCAGAGACUAUGCAAGCUGUUCGGAGUGUCAACCCAUCCGUGCCAACAAGCUUCAAGGACUUGCUUGAAAGAAAAGCUAAUGAUAAUAACAUUUUGUUCAUGCCCAUUGCUGGCAAGUCUCAUGAGGGACAUCAAGUGUAUCGUUUCGGCAACCUGCAGAUCUACUUAGACCGCAGUGUUGUGUUCAUGUACACUGGGAACACCCAGAGUUGGGUGCCAGUGUCACUGCAACAUCUAAUAGACAAUGCAAUCAGAUGAAAGUCUAGUUGUUGAUGUGGCUGUGCAUCUUCCGAAGGCAAGGGUUAACUGACCAUUAAAGUCCAGUUUCCACCCUUACCGAACUAGUCUUGAAUUUCCAGGCUCGAUAUUAGCACCAGCAGUGGCUAUUACGAGUUAUGUCCCUUCUAUGUCCCUCCUAUCAAACAAUCAGAUUCCAUCUCUCAAAUCACUUGUAUUUGCUUCAAACAAAAUGGUGGCGCACAGUCAAGACAAUCUGAUCGAUAAUCAAAAUCUAUUUUGAAUAAAACAGGUCUUACCUCAUGAAGUGCAUAAAAUCACUUGAGCGCCUUAAUUAGAAACAUAAGAUUUGCGAAAUAUCUGUCGAAGCCCAGUUGGCGGUACACAUGCUUUACAAAACCUGCAGUUGACCAAACUUUGCAUGUUGAAAGCCUUUACAAGUCUUUACAAACUGGAUGUCUAGUUCCUUUGCGCAAUUUUGAUGGGCCAAUGCAUUGACUCGUUAGUCCAGCCAAACUGUAACUCUGGAAUUCCAGCCUAGUUCUGCAAGCGUGGGAACUGGACUUUGAUAGUCGGUUAUCUCCCUUGCCUCAAGAAGAUGGUGGCUGUGGAGCAAGACAUUGCUGUUGUUUGAGUCAAAGAAAUAAAUGGUGCAUUAUGAACAUCAGAUUCAACAAAUGAGGGAAAUGUUACUGUGUGUCUUUAUUUUUGUAUGGAAAAGACUAUUCAUUUAAGACAAAUCAUGCUUCCAAUGAUUUUGCGAGGAAAUCUGGUUAAAUCACAACAUGUUGCUUUUCUUCCAUCAAUAUCCUUUCGGGGUGAAACGAUACAAGGUCAGGGUAUGAUACAUGUCACGAUACACAGGUCACAAUACAAUAUGUAUUGCGAUACUCAUAUUUACGUUAAAAAUGUGUGGAAACUUCUUGAUUAUAAAUAUUUCAGAGCAGGUUCAAAAGGAAAAGCUGGUGGGGCACGGGUGGCCCAGUUGUCUAAGGGACAGCGAAACCUAUGGUUGUGGGUUCGAAUCCCAGUUUGCCCUGAUUAUGUUUCUAGGUUUGUCAGCACCAUACUAGUGCUCGUGGGUUUCACCGAAGUGAUAAACGUCUGAGACCUGCAUCACUUCGGGCUUUCCUCCCACAUUACACACAUGAUUAAGCUGACCAACGUGAUAUGACUGGAACUGUUAAAAGUCAUGAUGCACUGGUACACUGAUGUAUUGUUUUACCACUAAUAUCCAUCAUCUUAUAUAAACAAGGAUUAAAAAAUGUUGACAUGUGGUAUGAGUAAACUUGAUAACUGUGUA